GCCCUGCUGAGUGGGCGGAGCCAGGAACACUUCACGGACUGAACAGGUACAGACAAGGGUCGCCAUUAACACUUUAACAGUACCAACCGGACCGGAGCCGAGGGUGCUGCUGAGGUGGUUUCAGGUGCGAUGGACUUGUCCAAGCGAGUAUCACUGUGGUCGGUGGAAGACGUGCUGGAGUGGGUGCAGGAGCAGCAUCCAGCCCACAUGAACACGCUCCAAAUGGCCAUCAUUAAACACGCUAUAUCAGGCCGUGCUUUGCUGAGAUUAAAGGAUCAUCACCUGGAGCUCCUCGGGGUGGAGGCUGAGGAGCAGCAGCAGGAAAUCUUGCAGGAUCUCCUCCUCCUCAGAGUUCAGGAAGAAAUCAAUGAACUCAAUGACAUCUGCGCUGAGUGUUUUUCUGAAUAACAG